CCGCGGACUGGUCUCUUAUCCUUCCUUCCCUCGUCGUGGGUGCCCUACGCCGAACUGAUUCGCCUCGACAAGCCACACGGCCUCUGCCUCGUCUGGUUUCCCCAUAUUGUCGGCCUGACCUACGCCUCUGUCAUUGGCCCUGCGCCCGCCUCCGUCAACACACUCAUCACUAACGCGUUUCGUCUAAUGCUUUGGUCUGCACUUUGUCGUAGCGCUGGUUGCGUUUGGAAUGAUUAUGUCGACCAAGAGUUCGACCGGAAGACCGAGCGAUGUCGAGACCGACCUAUCGCCCGUGGUGCUGUCACAUCCAUGCAAGCCCAAAUAUGCGCGGCGAUUCUUAUUUCUCUUGCAGUCUUUUCAAUACGGGAUAUGCCAUCCAACACCAAGAAAAUGGCAGGCGUAGUCAUCGGCCUGUCGCUAAUAUAUCCAUACUGCAAGCGAUUUACCAGCUUCCCGCAGGUGGUGCUGGGAUUCUCACUAGGGACGACGGUUGCAUUAUCGGCGUACGCCCUCGAUGUGGAUGUAUUGGCGGGAAAAAGUCGCAUAUCGACAAUCUGUCUGAUGCUUUCGAUUAUGAUGCUGAUCAUUUUUUUCGAUGUGGUAUAUGCAAGGCAGGAUACCGCGGAUGAUGUCAAAUCAGGCGUGAAAGGAAUGGCCGUCCUGUUUCGACACCACCUCGUCGCCCUCCUUGGUUCCGUUGCCUGUGGGAUUGCAGGGCUGCUCUGGGUAGUAGGAUCGAUGGUUGAUAUGUGCCCGCAAUAUAUCUUGUACUCGGUAGUGGGUGUUUUUCUGGGGUUA